AUGCUGGCUGGGCAAGUACUUGCGUUCCUCGGCCUGACCUGGGGCACCUUCCAGAGCCUGGCCAUCCCCAGGAUUGCGGAAUGUGGCCUCUCCUGUUCUCAGGGCUUCGCCUGCAGGAGCCACGGGAACCGGAACAUUUUUAACAGCUUCUGCCAGCCACGCCCCGUGUCCAUGUCCAUGUCGGUCCUGGAGGCCCUGACCCCCUCCACUGCCAUGCAGUGCUUCACCCCUAACGGCUGCUCACUGCUCCUGCGUGUACGCGCCUCCAUCACCCUGCAUGAGCGCCUGCGGGGCCUGGAGACCUGCAUCACAAGCCUGGACACCCAGGAGACGCAAUGUCAGAGCGUGUGGGUGGCCAGGGCCUCCCACCGGCAGCAGGCCGGGCAGCAGCUCCAGGUGCAUUUUGGCUGCUUUGAGGUGAGCGUGGCCCAGCGCCUCUAUGUCACCCUGAGAACCAUCCCUCAUUUCUGCGGGGUCCAGCUGGACCAGAGCCACCUCGUGGAAGGCUGCGGAGAGGAGGACGUGGGAAGGAGCGUGCCCGACUGCCUCGCCGGGCAGCUCAGCUACUGGGUGGACCGGAGGCGCAAGGCGAUUCUGGUGCAGGUGCCCCGGGCCUCAGGAAGCCCCGACUACUUCGUGCGGCUCUGCCUCAAGCUGUUCACCUGCAAGGACGCGGGCGCCCCAGUGCUAGUGAAUGCGAGUAGCGUCUCCCGGGCCGUCUCCCUGCCCUACAGCCAGGAGCUGCCAUGCCUGUGCCUGGAGGGCUGGUCUGCGACCCCUGACGCCGUGCGGACCCAGAUCUGCCCCUUUGAAAACGACACUCGGGCCCUGGAGAUGCUGUGGGACACAGUCCACUACCACCCCGGGAGCCAGACACUGAGCUGGGAGCCCGCCUGCCCUGUGAGUGGCCAAGUGAGCCUGUGCUGGUGCCCGGGGCCCGGGGACAGCUGCCAUAAGCUGCAGCACUCCAGCCAGCUGGCGCAUCGCAGAGUGCAGUACCUGCUGGUGGACACCCAGCCCCAGCUCUGCCUGAAGUUCUCCACCAGCUGGGGUUCCUGGGUGCGGUGCCCUUUCAAACAGCAUCGCUUCCCAACCUGGAAGAUGACCAUCCAGCCUUCACCCAGGCAGGGCCACCUCCGGGCCACCUUCUUCUCGUCCAGCCCCGCCUACUUCCAGGUGCACCUGUGUCACAGAAGGAGGUCACAGCUCCCAGCCUGUCAACCUGCACUCCAGGCCAGCCCACUUCCUCCAGCCUCAGCUGACCUGGAAGCUGCCCCUGCCAUUGCCUUCCUGGACCUUCCCAGGGAGGAGGCCUGUGCCCCAGGCAUCUGCAUCCAGGGCUGGAGGACCGAUGUGCACUUCUCCGUCCCACAGCAGCUCUGCAACCUCCACGCCAGGGGGUGCCCCGCUUUCAGGGGCCGCAGGGGGCCGAAGACUGGACUCAGGCACUCCCGGCCUCCCUCGGCGGGCUGGGCAUGGCGUGCGCUGAGCAGGAGACUGGGUGGGGAGGAUGGGGAGACCAUCCGGCCCUAA